AUGACGUUGAUCGUUCAAGUCUCGAGAUUGAGUCUAGUCGCAGCGACAAGAGACUCUAGACCUGUUUGCUUGACAGAAGGCUGUGGAGGCCGCAGAGAGUACUGCGACGGAAUUAUUGGUGAAUGUCGAAGUGCAAGAAACGACACAGAUUGUUACAAUGCCACAAUUGCUCGCUUUCAAGACGGAUGUGAUGACGGAUAUGAGUGUUUGGAUGAUUUAUGUCGCGUCUCUGCAGCGCCAGUCGACGGACGAACGUGUCGACUCAUUUGCGCUGCUGGUAGCUUUUGUGAAAAUAACAGCAACAAAUGUCGUAAUCCAAAAAACAAGAGGGAGUGCUUUAAUCUUGCUACUGGCUUUUAUGUAGAUGGCUGCGAAGAUGGCUACUAUUGCUCAUUUAACAAGUGUGUUGACAUCAGUCUCGAAGACAGCAUUGCGCAAGACGCCAGUUAA